AUGCGAAUCAGGAAGAAGCAGAGAGAAGGGGAGGUGAGAGAGGAGCAGGAAAACGGGGAAGAAGGGGAGGAGAGUGAGGAGGACGGGGAGGUGAAAGAGGGGGAGGAGGAGGAGGAGGAGGAGGAGGAGGAGGAGGAGGAGGAGGAGGAGGAGGAGGAGGAGGAGGAGGAGGAGGAGGAGGAGGAGGAGGAGGAGGAGGAGACUCGGGAAGACGAGGAUAGUAGGGAGGAGGAGGAGCAGGAGGAGGAGACUCGGGAAGACGAGGAUAGUAGGGAGGAGGAGCAGGAGGAGGACCAAGAAGAACGGAAGGGCAGUGAAGGGAAAGAGGCUGGUGAGAGGGGUUGCAGUGGGAGUGGGGACGGUGGGAGUGGGGACGGUGGUGAGAGUGGGGACGGUGGGAGGGGGGACGGUGGGAGAGGGGACGGUGAGAGGGGGGACGGUGGGGGGGAGGACAGUGGGAGGGAGGUUGGUUUGCAACAUGCAAGACCGCAGGAGGGUGGGAGGAAACGAAAGACCAUGGAUGAGCAGAGAGGAUGGGAAGCAGGAGAUGACGGAGUAGGGGAAGGUGGAGCAGGGAAAGGAAGAACAGAGGAAGGGAGAGCUGGUGAAGUUAGAGCAGUACAAGUGAGAGCAGCAGAGUGGAGACCAGAAGAAGGGAGAGCAGCAGAGGGGAGACCAGAGGAAGGGAGAGCAGCAGAGGGGAGACCAGAGGAAGGGAGAGCAGCAGAGUGGAGACCAGAGGAAGGGAGAGCAGCAGAGUGGAGACCAGAAGAAGGGAGAGCAGCAGAUCUGAGAACAAGGGGAGAAAGGGCAGGGGAGGGAGUGGAAGGGGGGUGUCGCACCUGCUCCCACCCUUGA